AUGGAUAUGCUCAAGUGGAAGACAUUGGAAGAGUGUAUGGAUUUCUACUACACCUAUGAAAAGGUUAAAGGGUUUGGAGUUCGAAAGGAUUCAACUAGUAAGAGCAGAAAAGAUGGACACGUAAUAUCAAAGAAUUUCAUGGAGGGUAAAAGUUUUGGAAAGUUGGAAAAUUUUCACGCAGAACAUUGUCAUGACAUGGCAAACCCAAAACAUGUUCCUUAUAUCAGGUCUUUUCGGGGUAUAUCCAAGGCAGAUAAAAUUAAGAUUAACACUAUGUACAAAUCAGGAAUUGGGCCUAAUAGAAUUAUGCAAAAUUUUGUUAACGAAGCUGGUUCGCACAGAAAUGCUGAAUUCUUAAAAAAGGACUUGUAUAACCACGCACAAAGAAUCAAACACGAAGAGGUAAAAGAUGGUGAUUCUGAAACGGCGAUGGCAUAUCUUAUGGGAAAGAAAGCUACCGAUCCUACGUUGUUUUUGAGAUAUACAAGAGACGAGAUUGGACACUUAGAAAAAUUGUUCUGGUGCGAUGGUAUAUCACGUAUAGAUUACAAGACUUUUGGACAUGUACUUGCAUUUGAUACUACUUAUAAGUGUAACACGUACAACAUGCCCUUUGUAGUUUUGAUUGGUGUUAAUCAUCAUAGAAAUACAGUUCCCUUUGGAUGGACGUUGGUGAUUCAUGAAAAACAAGAUACUUAUGUGUGGGUCUUAGAACAAUUGAUUACGGCAGGAGAUGGUUACAAACCGCUAACUGUUAUUACCGAUGGAGACAAAGCUAUGGCAAAUGCUAUUAAUCAAGUACUUCCAGAAGCAAGGCACAUACUAUGCUUGUGGCAUCUUAUGAGGAAUGUGAAAGGAAAUGGUGGUAAAACGUUUGUUGAAGGAUUUAUUAAGUGUUUUAAGCGUAGAACAGUAGAUGAUUUUGAAAAGUCUUGGAGGAUGCGAAGUACCCAGCGUUGCGAGUCAAUGCAUAGAACACUCAAAAGAAUGUUAGAGAAAAAGGUAAUGUUGUAUAGAUUUGUUGAGUAUUAUUUUCAAGAAAUAAAUUCUUUAAGGUGGGAGGAAGGUUAUCAGGAUCAUAGGACAGCAGAUACACACCCAUGUUGUAGUGGUGUGUUGUUAAGUUUGAAAAAUCAUACAGCACAGAUAUAUGCAAGGAAAUUUUGUGCUAUUUUGUCCUCUAAAAUGUCAUAUGAGGGGUUUUAUUUGGUGAAAGAUGUCAAGCGUGGUGAUGGACCAAACAGUCAUGUAUUCUAUUGGUUACAACAUGUUGAGUAUGAAAAGUAUUGGUAUCUGGUCAUUAGAGAUAAAUCUCUUGAUACCAUGUAUUGUUGUUGUAUGAAACUGAAGUCUGUUGGGUACCCCUAUAGGCAUAUGUUUGGUGUGUUUAAAUUUGACAAUGUGAAGGAAUUACCACAAGGAUGUAUAAUGAAACGGUGGACGAUUUAUGCAAAGGAUGAUGUCAAACUAAAUAAGGGAGAUGAUAAUGUUGAAGGCAAUAAUCUAGCAGGAAUUCAAGCAAGGUACUCUUAUUUGACCUCAUUUUGCAUGAAUAUAUAUCACCGUGCAACCUAG